CAUCGUCCGCAGUAUGAGGGUGGGCGGACCAGUUUCCUUCCUUCUUCAGUCCUCUCCUCGGAAAUAGACUUCAGUCUUUUCCGUUCGUUUUAUUUUUAAUAUCAAUUUGGAAGGAUCCCUUCUUUUUAUCCCUCCAGAUAAGACGAAAAUGGAGACAAGAAUGGACGAGUAAAUACAUACCGACCCCAGCAACCAUUUAAUUUACUUCUGUUUAAUGGAUCGGAUGAUUUCCAAGUCAGACUGUGGAUCGCACAGCUUUGCAGGGGAGGUAGCUGUAUCCAGUGUGGAGGUAGGCACAUCCAGGGGUCGUGAUGAAGAUUGCGGAACCCUUGGAGAGCCAGAGGCUGUCCUUUCUUCUGGAAAAGGCAGCUUCUAGGGAAGCCAUGAUGUGGAAGGCCUGUGUGCCGAAGAAGCCCUCCACUCAGGAUACAGAUAUCUCUCCUGGCCAGCGCGACGAGGCGGUGCGCUGGCUCACUCACCUGCACAGAACACUCAAGCUCUAUCCAGAGACCCUCUGCCUGGCCAUCAGUAUACUGGACCGCUUUCUGGCAGCCAUCAAGGCCCGUCCAAAGUACCUGCCUUGCAUUGCCAUCACCUGCUUCUUCCUGGCUGCUAAGACCAGUGAAGAGGAUGAGCGGAUCCCGUCUCUGAGGGACCUGGCCAGCUCCAGCAGCUGUGGCUGUUCCCCCUCGGAGAUACUGCGGAUGGAGAGGAUCGUUCUGGAUAAGCUGAGCUGGGAUCUGCACACAGCAACACCGCUGGACUUCCUUCACAUCUUCCAUGCGAUGGUGCUGUCGUGCAAAUCCCCGUCCCUGGCAGGUCUGUUGGGCCCUAGUGCAUCCCGGCACCUGGCUCUGCUGACGCGGCAGCUGCUGAACUGCCUGGCAGAUCACAGGCUGCUGCAGACGCAGGGCUCCUUGCUGGCCCUGGGCCUCCUCACGCUGGAGCUGGAGAGAUGCUGCCCUGACUGGCUCGCUCUCACUGUCGACCUGCUCCGUAAGGCACAGAUCGACAGCACACAGCUGAUCCGCUGUCGAGAGCAGGUGGCACGUAGCCUGUCCACACAUCAGGCCUCCCUGCCUCCCAACACUGUGUUCAUCUACCAACCCCUGCACCAGAGCCUGGAGCCCUGUGCCAGGGGAGCUCCACCCUGUUGGCACUCCUCUGCCCCAACACCCCUGGCACAGACCCAGGGUCGGGUCCCUCAUCCCAGCCCCACCUCUGCCUCCACCCCCAUCCCGGCCCUGCUCCCCCCUCCCAAUCUGCGCCCGUGUCCCGCCCUGCGGCUGCGUUGCAAGCCCUCGGCCAAGCGCAAGGUGGAGGAGAUGGAGGUGGAUGAGUUCUUUGAUGGCAUCAAGCGUCUGUACAAUGAGGAGGCGGAGGGCGGGGGUGGGGGCGGAGGGGAGGCGCGGGGCUGCAGCUCCCUGCUUGUCCCCCGGCAGGUGGGCAGCUCCUCACCGUGCCCCCCUCUGCAGCCUGUCAGUGUCCCCUAGUGCAGUACACCAUCAACACCUGCCCAAAGAAAAGCCUUGUGUCCUUCCAAUCUCUCUCUGUGUGCCACAUACAAGAAGCAGCGGGGUGGAAGUAAAUUAAGACCGCAGUCACUGGCAUAGUCUGUUCCCCAGAACAGAGCCCCAAAAAGUUACAAAAAAAGUUUAAAUUGCAUAUGCUGCUAUCCUAUAAGCAUUUGUGGAGUACAAACAAAAAAGAUAAAAAAGAUUAAAAGUGAUAAAAAAAAUCAUAAAUUAUAGAAAAAAAUCUCCCCACAGCCAAAAAAAAAAGUAGUGCUUUUCCAAGAUCUUUUGUAAUACGACUUGUGUCUAACUGCAAUGUUGUCAACUCCAUCUGUCAUCUUUCAUUUCCAAUCUCCAGCGUGUUUGUCCUUUUGAAUUCUGUCUUUCAAUCUUGUUUUUCUAACCUCUCUGCCUAAUCCUGUUUCCACAUGUUCUGGUCAUGUGUUCUCGUGUGCUCAUAGUCUUUCACUGCCAAACAGAACUGAAUGUAAGACAGUUUGAGUUUUGUCUGGAGUGAAUAGUUGAUUAGUGGAAGUGGAAGGUAGCUCACUCUUAAAUAUAUUUCGUCUAUGAAAUGUAUAAUGACAUGCUAAUAUAUAUAUCUCCCCUCCCCCUGAGUGGCGGCCUGGUGAUGUCAGUGUGUUGUGAUGUAUGAGUGUGUUUGGACUGAAAGGGUGAGAUGAACCCCAUCACAUUUUUAUUACAUGAAGCAUUAACACGUCCACUCAGACAUGCACUAUUGAUGUGUUGCAUUUGAUCAAGCCUGGCAUCUCAUGAUGGGGAAACAAGUUGUAGUUUGUUCAUAUUCUAAAUAUAUUAUUAUUGUGCAAUAAAACUGAGAAAAAAAGCUGAAAAAAAAGUACUGAAGGGAAAAGGAAAGCCUUAGUUCUUCAUUGUUAUUUUGCUGUCCACUUCCAUGCGCUCUACUUCUGUAAAAAGCUCUGUCCUGGGGGCCAGACGACUGCCUUGUGCUGCUGAACAAUAAAGAACCUCACCUCUGA